GGCGGCCCUCGUUGCGUCCCUUAAGAGCCGCGGGAGCGCGGAGCGGCCGCUGUUCGCCUGCGUCGCUCCGGGAGCUGCCGACGGACGGAGCGCCCCCGCCCCCGCCCGGCCGCCCGCCCGCCGCCGCCAUGCCCUUCUCCAACAGCCACAACGCGCUGAAGCUGCGCUUCCCCGCCGAGGAUGAGUUCCCCGACCUGAGCGCCCACAACAACCACAUGGCCAAGGCGCUGACCCCGGAGCUGUACGCGGAGCUGCGCGCCAAGAGCACGCCGAGCGGCUUCACGCUGGACGACGUCAUCCAGACAGGCGUGGACAACCCGGGCCACCCGUACAUCAUGACCGUGGGCUGCGUGGCGGGCGACGAGGAGUCCUACGAAGUGUUCAAGGAUCUCUUCGACCCCAUCAUCGAGGACCGGCACGGCGGCUACAAGCCCAGCGAUGAGCACAAGACCGACCUCAACCCCGACAACCUGCAGGGCGGCGACGACCUGGACCCCAACUACGUGCUGAGCUCGCGGGUGCGCACGGGCCGCAGCAUCCGCGGCUUCUGCCUGCCCCCGCACUGCAGCCGCGGGGAGCGCCGCGCCAUCGAGAAGCUCGCGGUGGAAGCCCUGUCCAGCCUGGACGGCGACCUGGCCGGCCGGUACUACGCGCUCAAGAGCAUGACGGAGGCGGAGCAGCAGCAGCUCAUCGACGACCACUUCCUCUUCGACAAGCCCGUGUCACCUCUGCUGCUGGCCUCGGGCAUGGCCCGCGACUGGCCCGACGCCCGUGGUAUCUGGCACAAUGACAAUAAGACCUUCCUGGUAUGGGUCAACGAGGAGGACCACCUGCGGGUCAUCUCCAUGCAGAAGGGGGGCAACAUGAAGGAGGUGUUCACCCGCUUCUGCACCGGCCUCACCCAGAUUGAAACUCUCUUCAAGUCUAAGAACUAUGAGUUCAUGUGGAACCCUCACCUGGGCUACAUCCUCACCUGCCCAUCCAACCUGGGCACAGGGCUGCGGGCAGGAGUGCACAUCAAGCUGCCCCACCUGGGCAAGCAUGAGAAGUUCUCGGAGGUGCUUAAGCGGCUACGACUUCAGAAGCGAGGCACAGGCGGUGUGGACACGGCUGCAGUGGGCGGGGUCUUCGACGUCUCCAACGCUGACCGCCUGGGCUUCUCGGAAGUGGAGCUGGUGCAGAUGGUGGUGGACGGAGUGAAGCUGCUCAUCGAGAUGGAGCAGCGGCUGGAGCAGGGCCAGGCCAUCGACGACCUCAUGCCUGCUCAGAAGUGAAGCCCGGCCCACACCCGACACCAGCCCUGCUGCUUCCUAACUUAUUGCCUGGGCAGUGCCCACCAUGCACCCCUGAUGUUCGCCACCUGGCGAGCCCUUAGCCUUGCUGUAGAGACUUCCGUCACCCUUGGUAGAGUUUAUUUUUUUGAUGGCUAAGAUACUGCUGAUGCUGAAAUAAACUAGGGUUUUGGCCUGCC